AUGACGUGUCCCGCCUGUGGAAACUUUCCCAGUAAUUGUGGCACAGUUCAUUUGUAUUCUUUCCCGCGGUGCAGUCGAGCGGAACGUGUUCACUGUCCAAGAAAAGUUUGCAACGUCCAGUCGGCAUUCCGAAAGACUCGAGGCGCAAACAGACUGACCACUCUGAUUACGGCGCUGUGGUCACCACUACCCUCCUUUUACACCGAUUCAGUCACCACUCACCUCCAUUUACGUCGCUGCGGUCACCACUCCUCUUCAUUUAUAUCGCUUCGGUCACGUUGCUGCGGUCAUCACACCUCUCCAUUUAAGCCGCUGCGGCACCUACUCCUCUCUAUUUACGCCGCUGCGGUCAAUUCUCCUCUCUAUUUACGCCGCUGCGGUCAACACUCCUCUCUAUUUACGCCCCUGCGGUCACCACUCCUUUCUAUUUACGCCGAUGCGGCCAAUACUCCUCUCUAUUUACGCCGCUGCGGUCAACACUCCUUUCCAUUUACGCCGCUGCGCUCAACACUCCUCUCUACUUACGCCUCUGCGGUCAAUACUCCUCUCUACUUACGCCUCUGCGGUCAACACUCCUCUCUAUUUACGCCCCUGCGGUCAAUACUCCUCUCUAUUUACGCCGCUGCGGUCAAUACUACUCUCUAUUUACGCCGCUGCGCUCAACACUCCUCUCUACUUACGCCUCUGCGGUCAAUACUCCUCUCUAUUUACGCCUCUGCGGUCAAUACUCCUCUCCAUUUACGCCGCUGCGGUCAAUACUCCUCUCUAUUUACGCCGCUGCGCUCAACACUCCUCUCUACUUACGCCUCUGCGGUCAAUACUCCCUCUAUUUACGCCUCUGCGGUCAAUACUCCUCUCCAUUUACGCCGCUGCGAUCAAUACCCCCUCUCUAUUUACGCCGCUGCGCUCAACACUCCUCUCUACUUACGCCUCUGCGGUCAAUACUCCUCUCUAUUUACGCCGCUGCGAUCAAUACUCCUCUCUAUUUACGCCUCUGCGGUCAACACUCCUCUCUACUUACGCCGCUGCGGUCAACACUCCUCUCUACUUACGCCGCUGCGGUCAACACUCCUCUCUACUUACGCCGCUGCGGUCAAUACUCCUCUCUACUUACGCCUCUGCGGUCAAUACUCCUCUCUAUUUACGCCGCUGCGGUCAACACUCCUCUCUAUUUACGCCGCUGCGGUCAACACUCCUCUCUAUUUACGCCUCUGCGGUCAAUACUCCUCUCUAUUUACGCCGCUGCGCUCAACACUUCUCUCUACUUACGCCGCUGCGGUCAACACUCCUCUCUACUUACGCCGCUGCGGUCAACACUCCUCUCUAUUAUUUACGCCGCUGCGGUCAACACUCCUCUCUAUUUACGCCGCUGCGGUCAACACUCCUCUCUAUUUACGCCGCUGCGGUCAACACUCCUUUCCAUUUACGCCGCUGCGCUCAACACUCCUCUCUACUUACGCCUCUGCGGUCAAUACUCCUCUCUAUUUACGCCGCUGCGGUCAACACUCCUCUCUAUUUACGCCGCUGCGGUCAACACUCCUCUCUAGUUACGCCGCUGCGGUCAACACUCCUCUCUAUUUACGCCUCUGCGAUCAAUACUCCUCUCUACUUACGCCUCUGCGGUCAAUACUCCUCUCUUUUUACGCCGCUGCGGUCAACACUCCUCUCUAUUUACGCCUCUGCGGUCAAUACUCCUCUCUACUUACGCCUCUGCGGUCAAUACUUCUCUCUAUUUACGCCUCUGCGGUCAAUACUCCUCUCUAUUUACGCCUCUGCGGUCAAUACUCCUCUCUACUUAUGCCUCUGCGGUCAAUACUCCUCUCUAUUUACGCCGCUGCGGUCAACACUCCUCUCUAUUUACGCCGCUGCGGCGACAUGGAAUACAAAAUUUUUCGAUAUAUUUUCUGGCAAAUUAACAUAUUUUUUUUUUUACUCGACAUCUUUUUCUUGAAUCAUUCUUCCACCUUUUAUUUUCUCUUUUCACUUUCAUCAAAUUUUUUUUUUUCCUUCUUUUUCUUUAAUUUCUAUUUCUUUCUUAUUUUUUUUUCUUUCUGUCUACGUUCCUACAUUUUUAUUGCUAUUCAUCUACAUACGUUUCUUUCAUUCUUCUCUUUCGUUUCUUUGUGUUCUUUCCUUUGUUUUCAACAAACAACAAAAUCCUCUCUCGUCAACAUAACAAUAUUCUACUCUUUCUUUCUUUCACCUAAUUCUUCUCUUCGCUUUCUUUCUCUUCUUUCCUAUCCCCUCAUUCUCGUUUUUUAUUCUUUCCUCCUUUCUUCUAUUUAUUCAUUCUAUAUCCUUUCUUCUUUCUUCAAUCUUUCCUACAAUAUUAUAUUACUUUUUUUCUCCUCUCAUUCUUUUCUUCGUAUUUUUUAUCUCUUAUUAAUUCUUUUCUUUAUGUUUUUCAUCUUUUAUUCGCUUUCUUCUACUCACCCUCCAUUUUCACCUUUCUUUCUUUCUUUCUUUCUUUCUUUCUCUCUUCCUCUUCCUCUUCGGUUAUAUUUUCUUUUACCUCUUUCUUCGCUAUUCAUAAUUUAUUAUUUCUUUCCUUUUUAUUUCACACUUUAUUUAGCCUCGAUUUCAUUUUCUUCUUUUUCAUAUCCUUUCCACUUUCUUUCUUAUUGGUUUAUUCUUUCGCUCCUAAUCCUUUCAUCUCUUCCUUUCGCUAACUUGACUUUUUUUAUAGCCUCCUACCAAACUCAUUUCUUUUCUUUUUUUUUCUUCUUCUUCUUCUUCUUCUUCUUCUUCUUCUUCUUCUUCUUCUUCUAUUCAAUAAACUCCUUAAGUGCUAUCUAUCUAUCUAUCUAUCUAUCUAUCUAUCUAUCCCAACCUAUAUCUGUCUAUCUAUCUAUGUGUCUGUCUCUCUGUCUAUCGCAGUCCGCUCAAUAUCUAUCUUUUUUAUUUCUUCCUUCUAUCGGCUUAUCUCUCUCUCCUUACAUAUACGUCUGA